CUCUUCGCUUCUCCUAACCUCUAUUAUCGUACAACACAUUCGACGCUCGCACUCUCCAGCAUCAUAUCAGCCUACUUAUAGUUGGAAGCACAACAGGGAAGAUGGUACAAAUGAAACGAGAGAACCCCGCAGUCGACGACUCGACAGCAGGUUGGGAGGACAUAUCUGAAGGCGAACUCAACCAAAGCAGGCUAUCCCAGUCCAGGACAAGCAGCUCAUCGACAGCAAGCCCUCGCACGCGCCGGAGACGGCGCACUGCAGGGACCAAAGCUGCCAUCCAUGCCAGUGAGAAGGAGUCGUCACGGCGUCUACGCUCUGCAACCCCAAGCCCUUCCUAUGUCGCAGCAUCCCCACCUGCACCAGCAUCACCCGUUAAGCCCUCUCUGCCACGGUCACGCACGCUUGACAUCAGUCGCGAGGACGUUGUAGACAGCCUUGGCAGCGGCGCUUAUCAUACAUUCCACUAUGUUCACGACAUCGUCGCCCCCGCCAUCCGCGCAUUCCGGAAACCGCUCUCCCUGUUCCUGUUCCUGUGGAUGCUCGCGUGGGCUGUGACGCGCAUGUCGGCCACGAUCCGCACUGCGCUCUCGCCGCUGUGCAUCCUACCCGGGAUAUCAUCCAGCUCGCUGUGCGCGCCGUUUCCACCGCAAGCCUACAACGGGAGGGGGAGAAAGCCGGGCGACAAUAAUUCGAAGCCGCAGCGCGUUGACUUCCCCGAGCUCAUGCGGAUGCAAGAGGGCACGUUCGAGCAUCUCAUGGACAACGCCGUAGGCGGCGCGGGGCUCUCGCUCGAGGUGCGCAAGGCGGAGCUCGCGACGGGCGACUUGACGAUCCUCGUGCGCAACAGCGAGCUCAAGGGCCGGGAUGUGCUCGGAGAUCUCCUUGAGACUUUCGUAAAGGACGCGAAGAAGACGGCGAAGGGGCUGACGAGGCUGGGGUCUAAAGUCGGAGGCGCGGUCGACCAAGUAAUGGCUGUAAACGGCUACACGAUGCGCACAAUCCAGGAAGCCCACGCCAACACGCCAUCGCCGUAUUCCAUCCGCGCGCUCAUGCCCUCGUUUGGGCGCGCACCGCCGCGCGAGAAGGUGCUCGCGGCCUUCACAGACGCGAUGGACACCCUCGCGGACGCCAUCACGCGGCUCAUCGUCGAGGCCGAGGUCUCGCUCGCGGACCUCUCCGCGCUCGAAGAAGACCUCAGCGCGAUCCACGCCGUCGUCGUGCGCGAGAACGGCUCCGUGACGCGCUCGAAGGACGAGCUGCUCGCGCAGCUGUGGACGAUGCUCGGCGCGAACCGCCGCGAGAUCCGGUCGCACGACGACCGGCUCGCGCUGUUGCAGGGCUUGGGGGAUUAUAGGCGGAGGGCGCUGGCGCAUGUUGUGGCGGCGCUGCAGACGCUGCAGGGGAUGAGCGAGGAUAUGGAGGAUUUGAGGGAGAGGGUGGCGGCUCCGGAGAUUGUUGGGGGGAGGAUACCGCUCGAGGUGCAUAUGGAGAGCAUCCAGAGUGGGUUGGAGCGGCUGAAGGAGGGGCGAGUGAAGGCUAAGGAGAGGGAGGAUGAGGCGAUACGGAGGGUUCUUGCGAUAGAUGAGUAGCCGGCUGAUGACAUACAUCGGUGCUUGAUUGUUUGGCCGUUAUUUAUGCAAUUCACUGGGUCGUAUCAUUCCC